UUUAAGCAGAACCUUCUUCGCAAUAGCUUUAACAUUUCACGUCGUUGCGAAAAAAUACGAUUUUUAUAAAAAUGACCACAGAUAUUUCUAAAUUGAACCAGUAUUGCUUAUAUUCAAUUUUUGAGCAAAUAAAAAACAAUUGCGAACAAGAUGAAAGAAGACUUCCAGACAUUAUUCGAUACAGGGAUUUAAUUUGUUUUGCGGUUACUAAUGAUUAUCUUAAUUCUCAAUUUAGGUGCUGGAACAAAAGCCUGUACAUGCGACUUGAAGUCGAGAAAAUCCAUUCCUGGACCUGUCAAAACGUGAACAUUAACUUUUACGAACUCCACGUUAGCCAGAAGAAAUGCACUUCCGCUGAGAGGAAAGUUUUUUGGGAUAUAUUUCUUAUAUCUAUUGAAGGGAAUACGAGACUCACGCAUUGCCUUCUGAGUUUCUUUCCAAAGACUGACUACUGUCCAGAUCAUGUGGAAAUGUUUGAAAAGACCAUGCGGGUUCUGGCCAAGAAGAAGCUCCUUAAAAGCUUAACCCUUCGAAUGCUAGGUUACACGGCAGGAAAUCUGGAAAACUUUCAAAACCUGCGAAGUCUCAGCCUGUAUGUGCCAAUGGAAGCCGAUGAUCUGACGGAAUGUGUGAAAUCCAAUCCGAACCUUAUGGAACUUGCAUUCACAAGCACAGAUAUGCACGGCAGACUGGCAGAUAUAACACCAUACUGCAGAAAUCUAGAAACGCUGGAAAUUCAAAUGAAACCGGAAACGGAUGCCAGCGAGUACGCACCACUAGCCAAGUUACCGAAGUUAAAGACGUUUAUAAUUUUUGGAAGCCCGGAGGAGGGAUCACUAAGAGCGCUGUUUAAAUCAAUGGUGAUGAAUAGUUCAACUGACUUGCAAGCACUGUCAGUCGAGCAGGCUAAACUGGGAUCAGAGGAAGUUGAGGAAUUAUCCAAAGUUCGCCAUUUACACAGACUUAGGUGCGAAUUAAAGCCCACACGGUUAUCAGAAGGUCCUACUCCAUUCAAGCUGCCGAAACUCUUUGCUUUUGGCUUGGAAACAGUGACGUUGAAGGACAUUAAGCUUGACUAUAACAGCAUUGGUAUUGUAACAAAUAUGGGUCAUAUUGGAAUAGUCUUUCAACACGAACUGGAAAGUAGUCUUAUAUUAAGGUUUAAUGAUUGGCUUUCUAAUUGCAAUAACAAUCUGAACCCAAUGUGGUUGGAAAAAGAAAAGCUUAUUCACAACCUUCGGCAAGUCAAAGUUAUACAUAAGUCUGAGCGAGUUGCAAAAAUAGCAGCUAUUUCUGUGCUCGAAGCCUUCCAAUCACAGUUUCCAUCUAUUGUACGUAACUUACACCUCUUGACUAAAAUCAGAGGACUAAAGCAACUUGAGGUUAAAGUAUGGCUCAAUAUUGAGGAUCAACUAAUGCAAUUUAUGGAUCCUAACGAAGUUGAUGACUGUGAAUCCGUUAUUGCCAUCGAUUCCGAUACUCAAAUAGUUAUUUUGCUUGUCCAGCUGACAUAUCUCAAGGAUAUCUUGGAAAAUUCAAAGUUUUCUAAUAUCAUGAACUGUAAACACAUAAAAAACUACACUUUGGAGCUUGAUUUCGAUAUUCGUCUUUAGCUACUUCCUAGAGAAACAUCUCAAACACAAAUUUGCUAAACUAUUUAAUAAUUAUUUACCAAAUUUCUGUUUACCAUAUGAUUUUUCUGAUUGUUCUUGCAAAACCAUGACAAGCUUUCACAUUAAACUGCUGUCUGACAAAAAUGUUGUUCUCGUAGAGGCAACGGGUCACGAGUCAGAGAUCUUUCUACCCAAGAUGCACCAGAAAAAUAUAGUGCUGGAGAACAUUAUACGUAGUCGUCGGCCAAUAGCCAAAGGAUCCGAAGUUUGUGUGGAAUCCAUCCAGGGACAAGUUCAAGGCCAGAUCAUCCAGCGCCUACCGAUUCAGCCGCGUUUGACGACGGCGACGGCUGGUCUGGCCCCCUGGGAUGCUUCCAUCGAUGGAGGUCCAUUCACAAGAGCCGCGGAUGAGGAAUCCAGCCCCCAGAAAUUUUCUCUCAAACUUAUCUCAAACGGCAGCGAGGUGCUAGUAGAAUGCAAUGCCCUCGAAUCUAAGAUUUUUAUACCGAAAAUUUUCGGACAAUAUAUAGCCAUGAAACGCCUCACCGGUCACCGUUUGCCGUCUUCUCGCCCACGAUCCAAACCACACAUCUUAGUAAUCCAACCUCAUAAAGGCGACCCCUUAAGACUUCAUCCUAAGCACUUUUUCGCGAAGACCAAAGAUAAUAUCCAAGUAGAAAACUCUGUCAAAUCAAGGAAAAAGAAGCAACUUAAUAACAUUGGAGCCGGGGAUCAGAAAUUGGCGAAAUUCUUAAAGUGAUAGCCUUAGCCUAGAGUCUACAACA